UUGACUACUUUGAAAGUAUUUUUAAAGUUACAUCAUGUUUUCAUUGAACAAUCCGAAAAAAUUUCGACCUGAUCUGGACCAGGCAAUCAAUCAACCAUCAAGUUUUGAUCGCAAGAUUAGUUUAAUUACCAAUCAUUAUCAUUUGGACAUUCCGAGGUGUGUUGUUUAUCACUACGACGUAAAGAUUGAACAUGGGUGGUUUUCUAAUGAUCAAUUCCACGAAUCCUUUGGUACUUUAGACAAAUCUACAAGGAUAUAUUCUGACCGAAGUUCGGAAAUUAUGUGUAAAUAUAUCUCGCAAAAUCAGUCAAUUGGAGGAUUGUUUUAUGAAGAAAAUCGUACCACAUGUUUGUUACCAGUUUUUGAUGGCAAACAAAACCUGUACACUGUUCGUCCAAUACCGACAUUAGGAGUGACAAAAUCGAAUGAGAGAACCGACUACUUAAAAUUGGAAGAGGCAUCGAAAUUUGGGUUUCGUGUCAAAAUUCGAUUCGCAAAGGAAGUUGAUUUUGGAGCUCUAUCAGACUACAUAAACGACUCAAUAUCUCUAAGGAAUGCCGAUUGGUACAAAAGAAUACCCCAUGAUGCAGUCAGAGCAUUGGACAUAAUUCUUCGGACAAGUUCUCCAAUAAACCACAUUCCCUUAGGAAACUGCAUUUUUCCUAAAUCGGAAAAUGCUGUCCCAGUGAACAUAGGCCGUGGAAAGCAAGUCAUCAGUGGUCACUACCAAAGCAUCAGACCAACAGCGAGUGGACUUUCACUUAUUAUUGACAAAAGCUCUACAACGUUUUACAAAGCCUGUGAUUUAGUUGACUUCAUUAGACUGCUAAUCAAAGAUUUGCCUGUAACUAAACCUAGCAAUCGUAAUAUGGAUCCAUUGGCUGCCAUAAGUUUAGCCUCUAAAGGAGCAACAAGUUUGGUGGAAAAAAAUCUUCAGCUAAUUGAGAAGGAAAUAGAAGGUUUGGCCAUCGAAGUAACUCACACGCCACAAAAAAUGAAAUUCAAACUCAGAGGAUUCACUCGGACACCUGUUAAAGAAACGUAUUUCACUCGUACAGUUGAUAAUCUGGAAGAGAAAAUUUCAGUUUUCGAUUUUUUCAUGGAAAAAUAUAACUUCAGGCCAAAUUAUCUCAACUUACCAUGUGUAAUUGUAGGCAAUGUCAAAAGGCCUUCGUAUUUACCUCUGGAAGUCUGUCAAUUGGUAAAAAAUCAAAAGACCAAAAAGUUGAACCAAAAGGAAAUCACAUCGUUCAUCAAGACAUCUUCACAAGAUUGUGACAAAAGAUUUUGUGCUAUAAAUGAAGGCGCACGGAUAAUCAAAAAGGACAACAUUAACUAUCUAAGUGAAUUUAGUUUAGACUUGUCCGAGAAGCCAAUCAAAGUCGAAGGUGUUUGUUUGGAUAAACCAAAAGUAUAUUACAAAGACAAUUAUUUUACCCCUGAAGUUGGAAAGUGGAACAUUUGUGACAAAAAGAUAAUCAAAGGAUGCAAAGUGUCUGACAAACGUUGGUUUAUUGUCAAUCUAUCCAGGCUGGAGGCCGAUAUAGUUAAACAAUUUGGAGCAACCUUAAGGGCUUUCAGUAAUGAUAAAGGUGCGACAAUUGGUGAACCUGAAUACUGGAGUGGUGGUUAUACUGUGGAUUAUGAUUGUAAAGCAGUCGAGAGAAUUUUAAGAUCAAUUUAUGAUAAAUAUCAUAGCAGACAGAUCAGUCUACCUAGUUUGAUCAUGUUUAUAAUUACUCGUACCAAAGAUGACAGUGUGUACCAUGAGAUUAAACAAUAUGGUGAUGUCAAGUAUGGUUUCAACACUCAAUGUAUUCUGGAAUCCAAUGUUAAAAGUGUACUUCAUGAGAAAGGAUUUUUUCUGUUAUCAAAUGUUUUUUUAAAAAUGAACGCUAAACUUGGUGGAAUCAACAAUAUCAUCAGUGAAGAUGGCACAUCAAAUAUUAUCGGUAAAAAGUCAACCAUCAUUAUGGGUGCCGAUGUAACUCAUCCAACGGAGAAAAUGUCCUAUUCUAUCGCAGCGUGUGUGGCAAGCUUUGACCAGGACCAAACUAAAUAUGCAGCAACGGUUCGUCUACAGAAGAGAUCUAAUGAGGAAAUAAUCCAAGACCUACCCGACAUGGUUUACGAGUUAUUGAAGACUUACGUGAAGAGAAGUGAUUCUGGAGUCAGGGUUCAAGACGUUUUACCAGAAAAUCUCAUAUUUUAUCGUGAUGGUGUCAGUGAUGCAAUCGUAAUAUGGAUCCACAUUUGUGACAAAAAGAUAAUCAAAGGAUGCAAAGUGUCUGACAAACGUUGGUUUAUUGUCAAUCUAUCCAGGCUGGAGGCCGAUAUAGUUAAACAAUUUGGAGCAACCUUAAGGGCUUUCAGUAAUGAUAAAGGUGCGACAAUUGGUGAACCUGAAUACUGGAGUGGUGGUUAUACUGUGGAUUAUGAUUGUAAAGCAGUCGAGAGAAUUUUAAGAUCAAUUUAUGAUAAAUAUCAUAGCAGACAGAUCAGUCUACCUAGUUUGAUCAUGUUUAUAAUUACUCGUACCAAAGAUGACAGUGUGUACCAUGAGAUUAAACAAUAUGGUGAUGUCAAGUAUGGUUUCAACACUCAAUGUAUUCUGGAAUCCAAUGUUAAAAGUGUACUUCAUGAGAAAGGAUUUUUUCUGUUAUCAAAUGUUUUUUUAAAAAUGAACGCUAAACUUGGUGGAAUCAACAAUAUCAUCAGUGAAGAUGGCACAUCAAAUAUUAUCGGUAAAAAGUCAACCAUCAUUAUGGGUGCCGAUGUAACUCAUCCAACGGAGAAAAUGUCCUAUUCUAUCGCAGCUUAUUUUGCAGGUCAAUUUGCAACGGUAAUUGAAAAGGAAAUUUCAACGAUGGAUGAUGCUUUUGAGCGAAUCACAGCAAAAUACAAGUUGAGAAAACCAUAUCGUCCCAAAAUAACAUUCAUUGUUGUCCAGAAGCGUCACCACACUCGAAUUAAACCAGAAAAUGCAGAUGAUUGUGAAGGUAGAGCGAAAAAUGUCCCAUCUGGCACUUUGGUUACUAAUAAAAUUGUCAGCACAAACAAUGGAUCUGAUUUUUUCCUUUGUAGUCAAUCCAGUUCAGUGGGAACAUCAAAACCGAGCCAUUAUUAUAUUUUGGUUAAUGAGAAUCAAUUUUCAUUGGAUGAACUUUAUCGUUUGACUUUCAACCUUUGCCACAUCUAUGCUAAAUGCACUCGAACAAUAAGCAUACCAGCGCCAGUUCAAUAUGCCCAUCUUGCCGCAUUCCGAGCACGUCAACAUUUGGUCAAUAUUGAGCGAAACAGUUCGAGAAGAAGACACUUGGAUUCUGAAAGUAAAAAAAGGGCCAACAAAAGUGAUGAUAACUCAGUAGUACCUUAA